GGGUAGGGAUGUUGUUCUUUUUUCCAUGUUUCAGCUAAAAUGGAUUGCGCAUGCGUUUUCCACGUGCUGUCGUCCCACAGCUGGGAAUUUGAGGUGAGGUGAUGUCCACGCGCACAUCCCCCGCGAAGCUGCAUAGCCGUAUGUCUCUACGACAUGGAGACGGCUGUAUGGAGAUUUUCACCAUCACCACUUCACUUGUUUGCUCCUCUUCUUCUGACCAGCCAUGAGGUGGCUUUCUCCUUUAGGGAUCUUCUUGAACCUUCUUUGGAUGUGCCGGUGCCAAGGUUACAAUGUUUCACAGCCUCAGGGUCGAGUGGAGGCUCUGGAGAGAAGCAACGUCACUUUAGUGUGCGUCUUGUCCAGUGAGACUCCACUGGGACCAGUGAGGUGGUAUAAAGGUGCUGGCAGCGAGCGCACACACUUCUACUCAGCACUCCCCAAAGGAGGAGAUAAGAAUGACCCUAGAGUGAACUGGACAAUGGAGAACCCCACUGUCAACUACAGCAUCACAAUAAGAGACCUCAGAGUCAGCGACACAGAAGAGUAUUACUGUGAGAAAUACACAAAGGCAGAUGAGAACAAACCUAAUGCUCCACCAUACGCCACAGGACCGGGGGUCACCCUGACUGUGAGAGGAGUGCCCAUCAUCACCGGCCCAGCCAGCAGGGUGAAGGUGGGAAACGAUCUCAACUUAACUUGUGAGGUCAACGGGGCCAGCAACAUCACAGUCAAGUGGUUCAAAGAUGAGCAGGAAGUGACCCCUGAGCUCAGAGAUACAUCGGGGGGAGGAAAAUCAAGCAGAAGUGUCAUCAGACUGACUCCAAAGAUACAGGACAUCAAGUCUGUCAUCAGGUGUCAGGAGUCGGGACUCUCCGCUCAGAACCCUCUGGAGGACAAAUUUCACUUGAAGGACGUCAUUGCAGUUUUACCUGGAGUGCCAGUCAUCGAGAACCCAAAGCUGGUGCUGGGCGACUUGGUAAACAUGACGUGCAAACUCAGCCUCGUCUACCCCAAAGAUAUAAAGGUGACCUGGACCUGGGACAAAACGUUUGAAAGCUCCCAGUCUCCGCAUGCAGAAGAACACGAGGACGGCACCUUCACUGUCACCUCUGUGCUUUCAUUCACUGUCAAGGAGGAUAUGAGGGGCACCCGGCUGACAUGCCAGGCAGGAUAUGAGGGAUUAACACCUGUGAGUGGCGCGGUGACACUGGGAGUCAGAGGACCACCUUCCAUAAAGGGGCCACAGAACAGAGUUGACACUGGACAGACGGUCAGCUUCACUUGUGAGUCACUUGGUGACCAGGACACCAGCAUCACAUGGCUGAAAGGUGAGACGACUGUGUCUGGAGGGCAAAAGAUGAGCUGGAGUAAUGGGACCAGAAGUGAACUCAAAAUGACUCUGUAUAAGAAUGACGUGAAAUCCAGAAUCUACUGCCAGAUCCUGGGAUACAGAGGAGGUUCGGUCCCAUCAGACGCUCUCAACUUCAGCACCUUCAUCUUGGUGAAACCCGAAGUGACAAUUCAGAAGACGAGCGCGGAGGACUCACACAACAGUUCCAGUUUCUACUGUAAAAUCAGUGGGUUUUACCCAGAUGACAUUAAGGUGAUAUGGCUCCUAGAGGGACAGACGCUGAACGCCACCCUGUUCAACAGAAGUGAAAAUCUGGAUGGGACAUUUACAGCCUUUACUUUAAUAGAUGUCAACGUCACCAAUGAAGUAAAGCAACUCAACUGUGUCGUGACACACAUGGGAAACCACAACGUGUCACACAGCGUCGAGUUCGCUAAGAGGAGUUCAGGUGAUGUGAGCGAUGGCAGCUCUGGAUCAGGUUUGAAAAUUAACAUACACAUUGUGAUUGGUGUGCUGGUGGCUUUCGUUAUUCUGUGUGUCAUCUUCACAGUCUUCCUCUACUGCAGAAAAACAUCUCAGAGAAAGAAAGCCUCUAAGAAGAAAAGCGAUUCUAACAAUGAUGUGAAUACAAACACAGAGGUAGAAUAUGCCACUUUGGAUCUUCAUAACCUUCAGAAUGCCAACAAAGGACAAAGAUCUGCCACAGAACCCACCGAGUACGCUGAAGUUUAUUGUAACCGCUCUAAACAAAAUCAGAAUGAAGAGGUGACCUACGCCAGUGUGGUAAACCUGAGGGCAAAGCCUAAGACUGACCGGUCACAGGCUGGGAGCACAUUACAGGAGGAGAAUACGGAAUACGCCGCUGUCAACUUCAAGCGCAAAACAAAGCGGCUACAAGACUCCAUGCUGUACUAUUAGAGCGAGCCUCACUAAUUGUUACCUGUGCGAAAGGGAAAAAGGUUGUUCUCAUCUUCUUAAUUUUGCCACAUUUUAUACUUAAUGAAGUUUCUAUUGCAACUUAUUAUUGCUUAUUGCCCCUAAACUAGUCUACCUAUCCAUCCGUCUACUAAACCUCUGUUCAUCCAUCUCUUAUCAGUUAUUGAAUUAUUAUGAUUGCUUAGUUUCAAUGUGGCUGAGAGUUGGAGUCCAUCUUUGGAUCAUUAUUACCAGUCCACCACAGGGCACACUCACACUCAACGCCAACUCUUACUGAGCCAGUAGUUAUUUUAGGUCACCAGUCACAUGGGUCUGAGGAAAAUGUGCCCAUUCCACACACAGAUGGUACCCGUGCUGGGAUCUGAACUCAUUGACAUCUCCUGGAAAGGUCAAAGGUCACAAGAGGUUUGAUAUAACGUCUUUUCUAGUUAACACCGUGUGCUGCUAUUUUUUUCUUACCUAAAUGCAUUACAGAACUGGUCUCAGUCAUGAGCGGGCACAGUUCAUUUUUUACUUUUUAUUUUUUAUACUUUGUAUUAAUUUAUUUAAAAAAAGUUCUUUAGAAACACUCUCCCAAUCUUUCUGGCUAGAAACUGAACUAUGAGAGGCUGUCAGAAGCCCAGUAAAGCCACCCUUGGAAAGUCUUAAAUGCGCAGAGACGUUCUAAUGAUGAUGAUGAUGAUGAUGACAUUCUAAUGAACGUCCGCUGGGUCUCGAUAUGUGUCCAUUGUGGAGAGAGAAGAUAAAAAAUGUUUAUUUUGCUCGACCGAUGCUUUAUCAGGCAUUCAGCCAGAAUAUGAAUUUAUUACAGUCUUUUGUGGGAUAUUGCAGAAUGCCAAGCUCAGAAAAGUGCACAUGUUUUGAGGAUAUGGAAAAUAUGCCGUUACUGGAUGAAAUCUGCUUUGGAGUUGGUUAGUUAACCUGAAAUAAAUGGACUUGGGGGACUGGGGGACACAACCGGGCACAGACAAGCAUUGAGUAACUGGAUGGCCGUGCUCAUCACAGCUGUAACAUCACAGUGGGGUCCCUUACUGAAUCAACACAUGAGGCACAAUUAGUUGUAAUGGGCCCAAAAUGGGGGCUGAUGGGGAGCAUGGGGUGUGUGUGUGGAUUGAGGGGCAUGUGGGGUCAGCAUCUUGUACUUUUCACUGUGACCCCUGACCUUUAUUAGAGAUUUCACCCAUGCUGUAUUCCAAUAGUGUGCCAGUGAGUCGUUACACCGAUCAGAAGGUGAGGGGCUCAGCAACUGAGGAAGGACCACCACUCUAUUUCAGUUUGGGUUUAGGACUGUUUCAUUUUGCAUAUAUACAGUAUAUGUGUAAAAUAAAAACAAAAAAGAUACAUUUUCAAAAUAAAUGAAAACUUAAGAAUUUUGCUUCCAUUGUCAUUUUGUUGCUUUGGAUGUUGGGUGAUGCCAUCUUCAGUCAGCUGAUGCUAACGAUAAAUUCAUAUAAUUACUUGGUUACCUAUGAUAAAAUAUUUGGCUGUAUAUGUGGAUAGCGACGUCGGCUAUGUCUUCUCUAACUCUGUGACAUCCGCUGCGAUGUUCUACAAUAUGGUGUGCUGGGCUGAUAACAUCACUUCAAGAGCGGCCCACCGAAUCAACAAUGAGAUUAAAAAGGGCCGGGUCGGUUAUGGCAGCGGUUCCGAAACUGCAUCGCGGUCCCUGAAAUUGAAUUUAUCUGUGCAAAACCCUUUAUGACAAGCCUGUUGUGAGCAAAAACCAAUGAAA